CCGGGAUGCUGUCCGUCCAUGGACUCGGUCCGCAUCGCAUCGCAGUCGGCGGAACGUCAACCGCCUCCGGAGACAAGCCGUUGCGGCAGCGGUGGCAAGCCCCGGCCGCUGGCCAGCAAGCAGCUGAGUGCCGCCUCCAGACAGUCGGCUGAGCCGCAGUUCGCCGUGCUGCCUCUGGCUGCGGCAUACCAGCCCAGUAGGAAAAAGGAGGAAGCUCGCGCUCUACAAAACCUGAGAAGAAGACUUCAGGCUGUGAGGGUCCUCCAAGCUAACAGAGCUGAGCCCAUCGAGGCUUCUUGUGCCAAUAAUAAUCUUAGUCCAGAAGAAAUUGAUAGUAGGCCUUUUCUGCUUCAAAAGAUUCUAACGAACCGUCCAAUGAGCAUGGUGCUUGACAUUUCGGAGAUACGCACAGCCUGGCAGGAUAGCGAUUUCAUCACCGAUUGCCUAUGUUGGCACAACGUUUAUCGCCAAAGACAUGCCGCAUCGCCCUUAACAAUGUCUUCGGAGCUUUGUUAUCUUGCUCAAACCUGGGCGAAUCAUCUAGCUCACACUAAUAAAUUUUACUAUCGAAACGAUAAGGACAUAGGCCAAAACCUUUUUUGUAAACCUUCCAACGGACUGGUACAGGAAGUCUCAGGCCAAGAAGUUGCUACUUACUGGUACUCGGCAGUUCGGCAUUACGAUUAUGGCAAUAAGGAACCAGACUGCUCACAUACCAAUGUCAAUGCAGGACAUUUUACUCAAAUGGUGUGGGCUUCCACCCGCCUAUUCGGGAUAGGGAAGGCCCGCUCUCGCUCCGGAAAGCUGGUGGUGGUAGCUCAUUACGCACCACCUGGGAAUGUUCCGGGCUUUUACAUGGACAACGUGCUGCCACCUUGCGAGGACUAUCCUCGGCUGCCGCCACCUAGAUUAUUGAUGACUACGGCGACCAGCAGCACUACGGGCUCGAGUUGUGUCACAUCGCCCAGCACCUGAAUAUAUAGGGUGUGAUGGGUGUUAUAUCCGUGAUGGCCUAGUUAACACAAACAUCCCUGGAUGUCACAUUCAUGUCUCACUUAACAUUGCGAAUUACAAAAAAACAUCAUUGGUAUUGCCAGGAGACUCUUCAUUUUAGAAAACAUUCGAAAUAUUCGUCAUAUUUAAUUGGAUUUGAAACCAAAAUUGAAAGUGAAUCUGUGAAGCUCCCAAACAACCCAGCAAACACAGUUACAUCACAGCGAUAUCGCAGUGUUGUAACAAUUG